AGAUUAUCAUCUUGCAGUAUAAAGGAAAAGUUGCAUCCAAGAAACCUUAUCCCAGAACUUUGUAGACUGUUUUAUGGUUUAGGCUGGGUAACAGGAACAGGUGGAGGAAUCAGCUUGAAACAUGGGAAUGAAAUCUAUAUCGCUCCCUCAGGAGUGCAGAAGGAAAGAAUACAGCCAGAAGAUAUGUUUGUUUGUGACAUAAAAGAACAGGACAUCAGCGGGCCUCCAGCACACAAGAAACUAAAGAAAAGCCAGUGUACACCACUUUUUAUGAAUGCUUACACUAUGAGAGGAGCAGGUGCAGUGAUCCAUACUCAUUCCAAGGCUGCUGUUAUGGCUACACUUCUUUACCCAGGGAGUGAAUUCAGUAUUACCCAUCAGGAGAUGAUAAAAGGAAUUCAGAAGUGUACUUCGGGAGGACAUUACCGAUAUGAUGAUACACUGGUGGUUCCCAUUAUUGAGAAUACACCAGAAGAAAAAGAUCUCAAGGAAAGAAUGGCACGUGCAAUGGAACAAUACCCAGAUUCUUGCGCUGUUUUGGUCAGACGUCAUGGAGUUUAUGUAUGGGGAGAAACAUGGGAAAAAGCCAAAACAAUGUGCGAGUGUUAUGAUUACCUGUUUGACAUCGCAGUGCAGAUGAAACAGCAUGGGCUAGAUCCUUCAAAACAUCCAUCAGGAGAAAAUGGGAUCCUGUAAAUGACAACAUUUAUAUUCAGGUGUGAAUUUAUU